AUGAUUUUAAAUGUUUUCUUUGUAACUGCCGCUGUUUUGUCUGUAAUUAUUACAAUCGGACAAUCAUGUUGUUUGGUAGGUGAUAUCGUUGACGGUACCGUAAAUAACGCCGUAUCAAAUGUUGGAUCAGUUACAAAAAGUUUGGGUGUUUCUUCUGUAUUAACCUCAAGCGGUAAAGACAUUUUUGAAGUUUUUGAUGGAUUUUCCGUUGAAGUAGUUAUUGAUUUUUUCAAAAAAAAAGGUCAAACUGAUUUUGUGACUUUAUACGAAAGUUAUAAAUCAUCAGACUGUAAUGAUACUAGAAAAGCAUUGAGACAAUCUUUGUGUGAAUAUUAUAAUAACCAUUCACAAUCCGUUGAUUCUGAUGUUGAAGAAUUUACUUCAUUUGCUACUGAUAGAUCAUAUUCCUCUACUUCUACGAAGUCUACUUCAGAAAUUUAUUCAGCCAAUGAAGCAGUCACAAAUAAUCGAGCAUGUCCAACAAAAAUAUGCUCAAGUUCAAAUACCGUUACCAAGAGCGUCAGUGUUGUAAAGACGUCAAGCGGUGAAGAUAUAUUCGAUAUCUUCAGCAAAUAUAACAAAGAUCAAUUAUGCGCUUUCUACAAAAAGAAGAAUUUAUCUAGUAUUGAGAAUUUGUAUUUGGAUUAUAUCAAGAAUACUUCAGAUUCAACCAAAUUGACAGCGUACAAAGAUGCUUUGUAUAAACAUUAUUCAAAGGAAAGCUCUAUUGACACUGUUAUUACUGAACUAAAAGAAAUCGUUAGUUCCGUAACAUCUUCGAGCUCUAGUUCAAGUUCCAGUACCGUUACCAAGAGCGUCAGUGUUGUAAAGACGUCAAGCGGUGAAGAUAUAUUCGAUAUCUUCAGCAAAUAUAACAAAGAUCAAUUAUGCGCUUUCUACAAAAAGAAGAAUUUAUCUAGUAUUGAGAAUUUGUAUUUGGAUUAUAUCAAGAAUACUUCAGAUUCAACCAAAUUGACAGCGUACAAAGAUGCUUUGUAUAAACAUUAUUCAAAGGAAAGCUCUAUUGACACUGUUAUUACUGAACUAAAAGAAAUCGUUAGUUCCGUAACAUCUUCGAGCUCUAGUUCAAGUUCCAGUACCGUUACCAAGAGCGUCAGUGUUGUAAAGACGUCAAGCGGUGAAGAUAUAUUCGAUAUCUUCAGCAAAUAUAACAAAGAUCAAUUAUGCGCUUUCUACAAAAAGAAGAAUUUAUCUAGUAUUGAGAAUUUGUAUUUGGAUUAUAUCAAGAAUACUUCAGAUUCAACCAAAUUGACAGCGUACAAAGAUGCUUUGUAUAAACAUUAUUCAAAGGAAAGCUCUAUUGACACUGUUAUUACUGAACUAAAAGAAAUCGUUAGUUCCGUAACAUCUUCGAGCUCUAGUUCAAGUUCCAGUACCGUUACCAAGAGCGUCAGUGUUGUAAAGACGUCAAGCGGUGAAGAUAUAUUCGAUAUCUUCAGCAAAUAUAACAAAGAUCAAUUAUGCGCUUUCUACAAAAAGAAGAAUUUAUCUAGUAUUGAGAAUUUGUAUUUGGAUUAUAUCAAGAAUACUUCAGAUUCAACCAAAUUGACAGCGUACAAAGAUGCUUUGUAUAAACAUUAUUCAAAGGAAAGCUCUAUUGACACUGUUAUUACUGAACUAAAAGAAAUCGUUAGUUCCGUAACAUCUUCGUGCUCUAGUUCACGUUCUAGUACCGUUACCAAGAGCGUCAGUGUAGUAAAGACGUCAAGCGGUGUAGAUAUAUUCGAUAUCUUCAGCAAAUAUAACAAAGAUCAAUUAUGCGCUUUCUACAAAAAGAAGAAUUUAUCUAGUAUUGAGAAUUUGUAUUUGGAUUAUAUCAAGAAUACUUCAGAUUCAACCAAAUUGACAGCGUACAAAGAUGCUUUGUAUAAACAUUAUUCAAAGGAAAGCUCUAUUGACACUGUUAUUACUGAACUAAAAGAAAUCGUUAGUUCCGUAACAUCUUCGUGCUCUAGUUCACGUUCUAGUACCGUUACCAAGAGCGUCAGUGUAGUAAAGACGUCAAGCGGUGUAGAUAUAUUCGAUAUCUUCAGCAAAUAUAACAAAGAUCAAUUAUGCGCUUUCUACAAAAAGAAGAAUUUAUCUAGUAUUGAGAAUUUGUAUUUGGAUUAUAUCAAGAAUACUUCAGAUUCAACCAAAUUGACAGCGUACAAAGAUGCUUUGUAUAAACAUUAUUCAAAGGAAAGCUCUAUUGACACUGUUAUUACUGAACUAAAAGAAGUCGUUAGUUCCGUAACAUCUUCAAGCUCCAAUUCAACAAUAGUAUGUGGAAGAAGUUGUCCAACAGAAUAUUCUUUAGAAACCGAUAGUACAAAGACUGAAUCUACUGUAAGUUCUUCUAGUACAAUUAUGUCAAGCUCAAGUUCAAGUUCGAGUAGCGUUAGUAUUGUAAAGACAUCAAGCGAAUACUUCAGAUUCAACCAAAUUAACAGCAUNAAGAAUACUUUAGAUUCAACCAAAUUGACAGCGUACAAAGAUGCUUUAUAUAAACAUUAUUCAAAGGAAAGCUCUAUUGACACUGUUAUUACUGAACUAAAAGAAAUCGUUAGUUCCGUAACAUCUUCGAGUUCGAGUUCAAGUUCAAGUAGCGUUACCAAGAGCGUCAGUGUAGUAAAGACAUCAAGCGGUGAAGAUAUAUUCGAUAUCUUCAGCAAAUAUAACAAAGAUCAAUUAUGCGCUUUCUACAAAAAGAAGAAUUUAUCUUGUAUUGAGAAUUUGUAUUUGGAUUAUAUCAAGAAUACUUUAGAUUCAACCAAAUUGACAGCGUACAAAGAUGCUUUAUAUAAACAUUAUUCAAAGGAAAGCUCUAUUGACACUGUUAUUACUGAACUAAAAGAAAUCGUUAGUUCCGUAACAUCUUCGAGUUCGAGUUCGAGUUCAAGUUCUAGUACCGUUACCAAGAGCGUCAGUGUAGUAAAGACAUCAAGUGGUGAAGACAUUUUUGAUGUGUUUAAUGAUUGCAGUAACAAAGAUCUUGUAAACUUCUUUAAGGAAAGAGAUAUGAAACACAUUACAAAUUUAUUUGUCCAAUAUAAAAAAAAUGAAACAAAAGAGACUAAAGUUGCCUUUAGAAACGCAUUGUACGAAUACUACCAAAAUAAUAAAAAUCUUGAAACUGAUAUUACUAAAAUAAGGAGUUUCUGUUCUUCAAACAGUUCCACCUCCGUUAAAUCUACAAGUAGUUGUGUCAGUGUCGUAAAGACAUCUAAAGGAGAAGACAUUUUUGAUGUGUUUAAUGAUUGCAGUAACAAAGAUCUUUUAAACUUCUUUAAGGAAAGAGAUAUGAAACACAUUACAAAUUUAUUUGUCCAAUAUAAAAAAAAUGAAACAAAAGAGACUAAAGUUGCCUUUAGAAACGCAUUGUACGAAUACUACCAAAAUAAUAAAAAUCUUGAAACUGACAUUACUAAAAUAAGGAGUUUCUGUUCUUCAAACAGUUCCACCUCCGUUAAAUCUACAAGUAGUUGUGUCAGUGUCGUAAAGACAUCUAAAGGAGAAGACAUUUUUGAUGUGUUUAAUGAUUGCAGUAACAAAGAUCUUUUAAACUUCUUUAAGGAAAGAGAUAUGAAACACAUUACAAAUUUAUUUGUCCAAUAUAAAAAAAAUGAAACAAAAGAGACUAAAGUUGCCUUUAGAAACGCAUUGUACGAAUACUACCAAAAUAAUAAAAAUCUUGAAACUGAUAUUACUAAAAUAAGGAGUUUCUGUUCUUCAAAUUGUUCAUCCUGCAAGUCGAAAAGUCAUACUCAAGUGUGUAAAAAAUGUGUCUCUAAAGAUUCUAAUAAUAGUUCGAGUGAUGAAUCAAAAUCAAAUAAACGAGGUGUUGUUCGAAAUUCAAACGGUAAGGAUAUUUUUAACUUGUUUAAUAACUAUAAUCAAAAGCAGUUGUGUGCAUUUUUCAAGAAAAAAGGUAUGUCUGAACUUGAAAAAAUAUAUGUAGAAUAUAAAAAUUGUAAUUCAGGUAAAACAAAGAAAGCUUUUAAAUGUGCAUUGUAUAAUUACUACUCUAAACAUUUAUGUAUUGAUACGGACUUAGCUGAAUUGAAAGAAUUCGUAAAAACUGCGUGUUCAUCAAAUUGUAACACAAAAUCUAGUUCUAUUUCAAAAAGCAUAUCUGUAGUUAAAACAUCAAGUGGUGAAGAUAUUUUCGACUUGUUAAAGAAAUAUAAUAAAGAUCAACUUUGUGCAUUCUUUAAAAAGAAGCGGCUAUCAAAUAUUGAAAAACUUUACUUAGACUACAUUAAAUGUACCUCAAACUCCGCUAAAUUAUCUGCUUACAAAAAGGCUGUGUAUGAUCACUAUUCUAAUAAUAAAUGCAUUGACACAGACGUUAAUGAUUUAAAAGAAUUUGUUAAAACCUUCUCCUCAUCCAGUUCUAGUUCAACUUCUGUUUCAAAAAGUGUAUGCUCGUCUGGUGUAAUGACUUCAAAUGGUAAAGACAUUUUUGAUGUGUUUGAUGAUUGUUCUGAAGAUAAAGUUGUUGGAUUUUUCAAUAAAAAAGGUUUAGUGGAUAUUGCAUCUGCAUACAAACGCUAUAAAUCAUCAGUGUGUGAAAAAAAUAGAAAUUCAUUUAGAGAUGCUUUAUAUAAAUAUUAUUCAUGCCAUAGUUGUGUAGAUCUUGAUGUAAAAGAAUUUAAUUCUUAUUCUUCAGCGACUUCAUCAUCAACAUCUUCAUAUUAUUCUGCAAAUGAAGUAUCAUCAUGUUCUUGUUCUUGCUAA